AUGGCCGCCACCGGCGCAUCGGCACGAGGAGCCUGGGGCGCCUGGCAGGUCCGGCCGUCCCGGUUUACCCAGCUGGUGGCCGACUCGAUGAGGAAGCUGUAUCCUGAAGAGCUCGCCGACCGAUCGUGGGACAAUGUCGGCCUCCUGGUCGGCAACGAAGAGACAGGGGACGAGAAACCAAAGGUGCUGGUGACCAAUGACUUGACCUUUCAAGUCGCGGCCGACGCCAUCGGCCAGGGAGCCAGCGUCAUUGUCAGCUAUCACCCCUUCAUCUUCUCCGGCCUCAAGUCCAUCACGCACAAGGACCCUCAGCAAGCCACCCUCCUGCGCCUGGCCCAGGCCGGCAUCGCCGUCUACUGCCCGCACACGGCCGUCGACGCCGCGCCCGCCGGCCUCAACACUUGGCUCGCCGACAUCGUCUCGGGCCCCCACCGCUCCGCCCGCUCCGUCGCCGUCCCCUGCGCCCCCGCCGCCAAGGUCCCCGACUCGCACUCGCCCGCCGGCUACGGCGCCGUCGGCCACUUUGACCAGGCCGUGCCCCUGCCCGAGAUCCUGCGCCGCCUCGCACGGGGCCUCGGCGGCCUGCGCCACGUCAUGGUCGCCCGCCCCGUCGGCGCCGACGUGCGCGCCACGACGGUUCGCAGCUUCGCCGUGUGCGCCGGCAGUGGCUACGACGUGCUCAAGGGCGCCGACGUGGACCUCUUGGUGAUGGGCGAGACCAGCCACCACUCGGCCCUGAGGGCGGUUCAGCAGGGCAGGACGCUCGUCCAGGUCUUUCACAGCAACUCAGAGAGAGCCUACCUCCACGACGUACUGCGGCCCCGCCUGCAGGAGCUGCUGAGAGAGACCGUGCCAGAGGCAGAGGUGGUCUUGAGCGAGCACGAUCAAGAUCCCUUUACGAUUCUCGACGUGGGCGAAUUGGACUGA